CUGUCUACUGUCUAUGGUAUAAACAUUUUGACAUUCAAAAAGUUUAUAAAAUUACAAAUACAAAAACUACCUGAGUACCUGCUUAAAUAAAGACCUAAAAAUAAUCAGUGAUGAGUGACUAUUAAAUAAAUAGUAAAAAAGAGAUUGCAUGAAAAUUGUGUGAGAAAUAACAUUUGCACUAUUCACUUAUUGGUUUUGAGUUUAUAGACGUUCUCUAAAGAAAUAGAUGUAGUACGUGGUUGUACUUUUUAACGAUUAUAUUUUUUAAUCAGAGAAGUUUUGGGUAAACAUACAGAUAUUGAAUCUUCAAUAUGUUUGACACAGAAAGAUUUAUUUCUGAAGUUCAUAUGCGGGAAUGCAUUUGGAAUUCUAAUUUAAAUGAAUAUGGCGACCGAAUACUCCGAAGGAGGGCAUGGGAAGAGAUAGGCUCUGUUAUUUAUCAAGAUUGGGAGGUGUUUGGAGGCAAAACGAAAAACGAGACCGUACAAGAACUGCAAAAGAAGUGGAAACAUCUCCGAGACUACUUCAUCAGAGAGAAAAAUAAAAAGAAUUCCAAGAGUGAGGGUGUCACCACGAGGAAAAGGAAAAGACCUUUUCUAGAGAUGCUAGAGUUUUUAACACUAUCAAAAGAUUCUGGAAACACAACAUCAAACAUGCAACCAACAUCACCUUCACAAAACAGUAAUAAUUCAGGUAAUACCACAAACGAAGAAAUUUGUGAAAGUUUCAAUACAGAUAUCUCAUUGUACAUGGAUAACUCAUUGCACACAGAUGACUCAUUGCGUAUGGAUAACUUAUUGGGUACUUCGAAAAAAUCAAAGACAUCAAAAUCAAAAAAAUUGACACAAUUUCAGAAAAGUUUGUUGAAAUCCAUUAAGAAACAAGAGCAAAUCAAUAUGAAUCCACAUAUGAACUUCUUCUUGACACUCUUACCAGAAAUGCAGGCAAUGUCUGAGAGUCAGGUAUUUGAAUUUAAAUUUGAGAUAAUGAGGUUAUUACAAAGAGUGAAAUACACUAAUGGAUUAGUAGACGGAUCAGGACCGUCAUCUAGUUCAAUGGUUCCCAAACUUGAUUGGGCUCUGAACCACCUAACAAAAACAGACUAAGUCCAGACCCACCAGUAGACCAUAUUAAAAGGGGGCAUAAAAUAUUGGUAAUGCUGAGAUUGCCUAGUAUUUUUGGUCAGGGAAAAAAUACUCUCUAUGUGGAUGAACUUUGAUUUUCUUUCAAAACACCUUUUUUUGAAUUGUGAUUGAAUUGUCAUCAUCACAGACAACAAUAAAUAAGUAUUGUUAUUGAAUAACUUUAGUAAUAGUAAGUCUGUGGCCAUCUGCCCAAACAUUCGGGUUAUGCAUCAUGGCUCACUCAAUUCUCGCUCGCAACCCACUUCUGGGUUGUGAACUCCUAUAUUCUAGUUAAUAAGUAUUAGGUAAUAUUUAUUUGUAUUAUUCUACUUGACUUGACCUGGAUGGUUUGUAUAGAACAGCCUAUACUACAGCUUUUCUUGAUGAGUACUACCAACAAACAAGUUAGAAAUGAAGGUAGGAAACACAUGUCAUUUCAUAACUUAUUUAUUUUAAAUUAAUUAUAGUUUGUUUAUAAAAUGUUAUAUAAUAUAUUAACCAUAUCUUAUUGUUUUAAGCUUAUUAAUCAAAAUUAUUUUCAUUAAUUUAAGAUCAAGUUAAUUAUAAAUAUUAUUAGGUUUGAAAUGACUAGUGAUUUAUACCCUCAUUUUAAAUUUGUUUGUUGGUAAACAGUACUCAUCAAGAAAGACUGUAUUAUAGUUUCUUAGCUCUAAUUAGUACCUGGAUAAGUGAGCCUUGUGUGGUAUAUUUUUUAAUGUUUUCUAGCUAGAUCAAUUAGUUGCCCUAAAAUCCCUUGAAUAUUAAAUAUAAUGCAAACUGUUGGAGCCUUUUCUGAGAUUCUGAUUAUAUACAUAGAAUAUUAUAAAGAAUUGAUUGUUUAAAAAUAUAGGUUGCUAUACACAGACAUAAAUAUGAUUAAGAGAAAUAUGAUUAAGAGUAGGGUGAAUCUCCACAAAUAGUAUGGGAUUAUUUUGUAGAUAUUGAAUGCAUUACAAGGGAGUAAAAGAAUAGGCUACUCGUCUGCUGUACAAAACUAAGAAGAUUUUUUGGCAUAUAGGCAGUUUAGAUGCCUAGAAACUCUAAUCACAUUUUUCUUUGUGAAAAAUCUCGUAAUUGUAAUAUUUUUAUAAAACAAAAUUGUAUUUUUAUCACGUGACCGCAAACGCCAAUCAUAAACUGUGACGUCAUUCGCUACAAGACAUCGUUUUGUGAUUGGCGCUUGAGGUGACGUGAUAUAUCACAUCGCUGCAAACGCCAAUAACACUAUUAUCUCUAUGAAUGUCGUCACUUGCUAAUGUGUUAUGUUUCGGCGGCAAAAAUUUACCGUAGAUAUUUUUUCAUUUAUAUAAUUUUUUUUACUGGUUAUUAUUGACGGGACAAAAUAAAAUAUAUCUUAUAAUACUUAGAUUAAAUACUGUUUACAAAAGUACCCUAUUUCGCCGCAUUUGGAUCAUGCCACGUUGCAAGACCAGCUCAUUACUAAGGCCCCCGUAUGAGUUCAAAUAAAGUCGGACAUACUACCUUAUAUCACGUGAGUUUUAGUCGUGUUUCAUAAUCAAUUAAUAUUGUUAACAUUAUUAAAAUUUCUUUUAGUUUUACUUCCUGUGUGAAGCUGAUCUAAUGGCCUCCAAGUAUUAUAACAUUAAGUGUAGUAACCUCGACUAAGUAAAUGUUUUUUUACACAUUGCUUAAACUUAUGCAUAACUGUCUUAGGGACCUUGUUAUAGAAGAGUAUUUAAGAGAUACAUUAUGUUAGACAAACAUAGACAUUUAUCGGGUGAAGCAUCUGUAAGUAAUCACAGUUCACACAGUGUAAUGUGUAUGAAUAUGUGUACCUACCCCCAAAUUUACAUUUUGUAAGUUCUAUUAAAUUAUUAAUUAUCAUGUUUAAAUAAUAUGCUUUAGUAGUUAGAUUAGAAUUAUUUAGUUAUGUAGCAAGACAUGACUUAUAAAUGUAUUGUGAAAUUAUUCUACUACAUAUAGAAUUUAACUUUUGUUUAGAAAAUAAAUUAUGUAGAUUAUAAACAUGACAUGAAUUUUAAUGGAUUUACUUAGAUUAAAUUAGUUUUAAACAUU